CACGAGCAAACGUACAGGAGGGGUGUAUGUGAAAAAAGGUAAAAACUGAGGAGAUGUUUGAGAGACUGCAGAGAGAAGAUGGAGAGUUUGAGGGGGUGUGAAUUAAUCAGGGAGGUAUAAUGAAAUUAGUGACCCAUAGACAGCAAGAGAAGAGUAAUGAAAAAGGAGAAGGGGUGAAGCGAGGUGCUACACGCUUUAUGCCAAUUAAAACCCAUUUGAUAUGCAGAACCCAUGGUUUUAAAUAUCUGAUAGCAUCUAAAAGCAGUGCCACACGUUGAGACGUAGAUAACUAUUUGCAUUCAUUUAUAUUCACUACCGUAAUGGAGCCUGAACAUCUGAGUGUAUUUUUAUUUUCAGCCCAAAGGAAAGGAUGAUGCACAGUGUCGCCCAUUCCUUUCCCCUCCCACGGCUAGUAGGAUGAACGGCGGAAGGAAUCAUCUCACUGGUCUGUCUGUUGCUGCUGAAAGGUCAAAUUUUCAGACUGGUCCUUGAGCACCGUUCUAAGCAUCCUACUUCCUCAUUUGAAGCCUUUUAGAAUCAGAGGCUGCUUAGAUCCUGAAAUAUGAAAUGCUCCUGCUGAGUCACACUCAGGCGGACGCUCAGAGAAAGUAAUUAGGGCUGUUUAGUAGUGGCUCUAAUGUUUUUGUUUGUUUGCUGUUACUGCCACGGUUCCUUUACUCUCGGUGCUCCGUCCUCCAUCCAUACGCCCCCUCUUCUCCCUGUCCAAUUAUUUAACUUAGGCAGUCUGCCAGGACGCAUCUUGGCUACCACCCGCAUCGUCUGCCCUCUUAUUCACCAUCUGUGCUCCUCUCUGAAUGCUGUCCCUUCUCAGCCCUUUCUUGCUUUGAUUACAACAAAUUAUCCUCAACAGGACUGGCCAACUGCUCCCUAUUGUUCCAUAGCUCCAACUUUUGAAGUACCCUCUCAGGCUGAAAAUCUAAAUUUACUGUUUUUCUUUUCUUUUGUUGAGCUCUUAGGGAAAAUUUUUUGUGCUCUCUUUGCAGACCCAGUAGUCGGAGUGAUUCUGUCUGUUCCUUCACAGCCAGUGGAGGAGAAAAACGUGUCUCUGACUUGCACAUGGAGCGGUGGGACAGAAGUUACUACCCAGUGGGCCAAAGAUGGCACCGCCAUCACACCUGAUUCCAGAAUCAUCAUCUCCGUUGGCUCUUUGGUAAUCAACCCAGCCAGUCGGGAUGAUACUGGGGACUACACUUGCACUGCCAGCAACAAUGUCAGCGCUCAGACUUCCACAAAGCGCCUCACUGUCUACUAUGGACCUGACACCCCCGUCCUUACUGUUGACUCACCAAAAGAGUGCGUUGGUGGAGGGGACGUGAAGGUGGGACAGACGGUGCGUCUUACCUGUACGUCUGACUCGCUUCCCCCUGCCACCUUCUCAUGGCAGCGAGCUGGACAGACUAUCUCAUCUGGUGGUGGUAGCGGGGUGCUCAGCCUCCAGACGUUCUCGACUAAUGAAAGUGGUCAGUACGUGUGCACGGCCACAAACACCAUCACCAGGGGCACGUCGACUCAGGGCUACGACUUGGCCAUUGUGGAGGAAUGCUUUAAUGGAGGAGAAGUUGCAGGGAUUGUGAUCGGUGCUUUCCUAGCUCUCCUACUUAUUGUGCUCCUCAUUGUUUUCCUUGUUGUUCGUAUGAAAAGGAAUAGAGAGCGGGAACUAGGAAGAAAUGUUGUGUUUGUUCAAGAAGUGGAUCCAAUUCGAAGAACAGUUCCUCAAGAUCCUCAAACUAAUUUCGUAAGGAAUUUGGAUCGAGGUCUCCAGCCUCCUCUCUAUGAGCCGCGCAGACAAGAAAACCAGCCUGAGCGCUUAAUCACCAACAACCUUGAAAACCGGGCGAACCUACGGGCAACAGCUAUGAAUCGUUCACAGGACUUUGAAAUACAGCAACAUAAUAGCCGCAACCUUACAAACUCACUUUUACCAAAUGCCACUCCGAAUUCGAACCCAAAUAAUAGCUUUGACAACCCGGCUUUCACACCUCUGGAUUCUCCGAAUGCAAACAGGGCCUUGAACCUGCAACAGCAGCAGCAGCAGAAUCCAAAUGUUUUGAUUCAGACCAUGCCGGGGCAGGGUAGCAACCAGCCCCCAGCUGUUCAAGUCAGCCUCAAUGCACUACCAAACUCUAAUAUCCCAAACAGCAAUGCUCAACUUCCUACUAUCAAUGUUAACCUCAACUCAUAUCCAGGCAAUGGCCAAACACCUCUGCAGGAAAGCUCUUUUCCUCCUGAUAAUCAGGCCUUUAAUGGAGUUCCACAAACGCAAAAUAACUUCUCAGGUACAAGGCAGUUAAACCAUGCAACACAAAGCAGACGGUCCUAUCCGAAUAACCGGAGACCAGAUGGUCAUGUUAACCCAAAUUUUCAAGGUGAACCUGGACUUAUUCCAACUGGAUAUACACAUUUUAACAAUAAUAUCACAACUCAGCGAAAUGAAACUACACAGACCUACCAGCAGGACCCAGAGUCUCACAGGAGACGAGACAGAGAGUCAAGACAACAUGAGUCAACGCCAAGAUCCAGACAGAGACAGAUCCCAUGGGAUCUUCUCAGAGGAACACCAGCCUACCCCAGUGGGACUCCUGAAAGAGCAAGAGCACAUAUCCAACCUGAAUCUACUUCUGAUUUAGAUUACAGCGCGGACUACACUAUCCGUCCCCCAAUACGGGAGGGAAGGACAUUAAACAGAACGCCUCCUCAGAACCAAACCGUUACAAGGCGUAGAACUCCGCCCAGACAUGAUCCACCCUCAGAGGAUAGUCAGACUCAGACCUAUCAUGCUGAUGAUCGCCACCCAAACACUACCAAUGUUACACCGCCUGGGCGCUCACACCGCACACAGAUAAGCCCCCGAACAGACAGAGAAAAUACUCAGCGAGAGAUCAGAGGUAGCCAGAGUGCCCUCAGGCAGGAAACGACUCACAGCAGUUACCCCCAGGCUAUGCCUCUCAUGAGCCAACAGGCCUCUGCAGGCCAUACUGCUGUGUCCCAAGAACUAGCAACACAACAAGGGCCAACUACAUCACAAGGCACAGAUACAAGGGCUUUGGCUGAUCCCAACCACCUUCAGCAGCCCCACAUGGAACAGCAACACAUAGCUGCACCAGCCCAAACACGGCCAGGUCGGAACACACACACACAGCCUGUCAUGCAGGGUGCCAUCCAGCCUAUUCGUGGGGGCACCAAUCCUGUCCCUGUACCUCCUGCUCAGCCUAAUCCCAGUAACCUAACCCAGGCAGCACUAAAAGCCCACACUGAAAGAGCUAAAGUAUUCCAGAAUCGGAGACAGCAAACACAGGCAACCCUGAUUCACUCUGGCGCAGUGCAGAUUGGAACUACUGCUGCAGGGGGUCGGCAGCCACCUGCCCCUCCCCCCCCCAUCCCCCUGGCAGAGUUCCAAACUCUCCCCAAGGCACGUACCCAACACAAAUCCCCAACAAGGGUUCCCCAGCCUCUCAGACAGAACAUGCCAGCAGCUCAGCGACACCAUGGAGCACCUCGCCACAACACUGCCAUGCCUCACAACCAUCACGGGCACGUGCAUGCAGGUGCACACAGGCACGGUCAUGUGCACGCUCGCGGCCAUGGGCAUCCCGCCCACGCUGCCACAUGGCAGCAACAAGCCCACAGAGGAAGACCAAGAUGAUGACAGAUGUCGGCAGACGAGGCUCUGUAACUGUCCCGCGUGUGCUGUCACAAACAAACAGCUGACAGACGUGAUCUAAUGUUCCGCCAAGCAGGACCGACUCCACAGAUUUUUGCUCUCCAAAAAAAGCUGUCAUUCUAUGCAUGUGGGUUCAGGAUUCAUUCUUCCUGCAAAGAAAAUGAACACAUCACUCAUGGAGAUAUGCUGUUAGUACAGUGUUUUCCUUUAAAAGACACAUAUCUCUCCUUCGAGAGUUUUACUAAAUUAAAUUAUCUGAAUGAUUCCUUAGUUAUAUUAACUAAAAGCUGCACUAUAAGGAUCUCUGCCUGUUCCACAGAGCCACAUGUAAUGUGCUGUUUUCAUUCUCAACUUACUGCUCAUACAUCAAAAUUUGCUCAGAGUGCUAAAAAAAAAGUUCAAUGAUCAAUGGCUCCUGACCAUGUUCACAUCCUCCCAUCCAUUCAUCAACAGAACUAAACAGCUCUCCUGUGAUAAAUUGCUCAAGAAGUCCUUUCAUGAAUAUCUGUGAGCACCUGGACCAGCAGUGGUAAAUGGAAAAGGGACAAGAUGGACUCGGCAGCUAGGAGUGGUGACAGUUAUGAAAGAAGAAAUUAGCAGUAGGGGUGGUCUUGACUCGCACUGAGCUAUUUAUUUUGUGCCUUCUGUUAGCGGAUGCCUCUUCUGACACUUCUCAAUUAAGAGGAUUCGCCUCACUGGUGCUCGGAAAUAACGCUUAGCUUCACAAGGAGGGGGAUCCCAUGAACGGAUGGGCGCUUAUUAAUUAAAUGCUUUUAUGUGACUUAAAUGGCUUGGAAAAUAAUCACACUCAGGCAUGAAUGAGGUCAGCACAAAGCCCUAUACAGUUGCAUUUUUCUGCUGAAAAAGCAGUAUGAUCAUUUUGCUGGGUCAUAGAACUUUUUAUUGUUUAUGUAUUUAUUAUUUAUGAUGGUUGUGCUUUCUGAAGAGAAAAGUGUCGUAGAGGAUUUAUUAUUGAGAAGAGAUCAAUUGAUCUCAGACACUUUAAAGAUAAACUAGAUUGCAUUGUGUAUUUUGCUUACUGGGUACUAUUGAUUGAUCCAAAACGUUGGAAGACUGGCAGAAACCAAGAAAAAUACAUGCUAUGAAUUGCUCUGAGUGCUUUUCACUCCCUCGUUUAAAAGGGUCCACAGCAGAAGCAGUAUUCACUGCAUGUGAUGUCUGUUUCAAGCUCCAGCUCCGGUUUGUUUGCAGAAAGUACUCAAAUAUGUAGUGUGAAUAGGAAGUCUGUUCAUUCAGGACGUAAUGAGCAGUCUGUUUUUUUACCUGCUGUAGGAAGCUGUCAGAAAUAUCUUAGUUUGAAAGGAUGAGUAUUAAUUCUCACUUGAGCCUCAAGCACACAGUUAAUCACAGUCUUAAAAAACUAAAAAAAAGACCUUAAGCAUCCCCUCCCAUUUCAAACAUUUUAUUGCUGUGAUGCUUAAUGCUUUGUUCAUUUUCUCUACUCUUGUGUUUUAUUGAAAUACCAGUUCAGAUCUGAAGUAUGGGCUUAGAGGCACAGUAAAGGCAUUUGAAAUUAAUUGGUAUCAGAGCUCCUGACGGUGCUGAUUGUCGAUGCCUGUCGCUGUUGAGCUGUCUGUGGUCUUAUAGUAGCUGCAGCCAUAAGAAGCUGUUGGCUCUGUUUAUUGUGGCAUAUUGUUGCAAAAAAUGUUUCUCCCACAUUGCAAAACUGAAACCAAGACACUGAGAAUAAAACUUUCCUAUUAGAUAAGCAGGCAACCCAUGGAUUUCUGCUACAAUCUAAACUUUCAAGAACUUGAAAGAACAAGUCAUAUGUGUCUUUAGAAACAAAAGGCAGUUCUGCAGAAAUCCCAGAAUUAAUAAAGUAUUUUUCAACAUCAAGGAAAAGGUUUCCAGUAAUAUGAACACUGCAUUGUCAUUUAAGAGUGGCAUGCAAAAUACUGAUAUAGACCUUAUACCACUGUUGAAAUGUUUCCUAUGUUAUUGCACUGUAGAUCUACUGGGCUUUUGAGUAUAAAGAUGCCACAUUUUAAUGGAUGAUUGGGCUGGGACUGUUCUGCUAAAUGCAUUUUCUUGAAUUUAUUUGGAUCUGUAUCAGGUACAUCCAUACUGUUAAGUUCCUAUUUAAAGUUAUGUAUGUUCUUAUUUACAGAAAUUGCACCAAAUGUAGCUGGCCAGACAAGUUGUGUGAUGGAAAUGUAAUAGGAUUUAACACUCCAUUGUUUUUAUGACAGUUGUCUAAGAAUUUUGUCAGUUGCAGAUCAGACAAUCUAAAUUGGAGUUGUUUAAAUAUGACUGAGGUCUGUGUUGGAGCUUGAAAUCUCAUAAGUUGUUAAACUCACUGUUAGAGCUGUUACACUGUUACUCACUGUUAGAGCUGUUUCUGUUACACAAAUCUAAACUCAAUCAGAGAGUUUUUAAGUCCAGGGAAGAUUUUAACUGAUAAUAAGUAAUACCUUUGACCCUACUUUAAAAAGUCUAACCCCUCACGUUCUUUUAAAAAUGUAUCUCCAUUGGAACCGAUUUACAGAACUGAUUGAAAGGAAAUAUGGAAAGGUUUGUCUUUUUUCCUUUACUGACCAUGGAAAAGAUAAAACAAUCAGCCUGAAUGACUUUUAUCUUCAUUUUAUAGACUACAUACAUAACCGUAACACAAUGUUUUGGGUAUACUGUAGCUGCAUCUCAAUCUUCUCUUAUUUACUGCCAUAUGUUGAAGUUUCAUAAAUUAUCUUUAAAAGUAGCCCAUAUAUUGUUACAGGAUGCCACAGGUGCCUUGUUUUUAUACUCUGUGGGAAUUUGUACGCUGCUUCGUUUUUUUUUUUUUUUUUUUAUGCUACAUGUUUUAAUAAAGAGAUUUGUUACUGGUGUCUCAAUGUAGGCACUUUGGAUUUCAAAGCAUUACUGUCAUCAUAGUGGAGUCUAUUGUCUGGUCCUUUCACUAGAGACUUGCAUGUCCAAAAAGACUUGAUCUCUCCUCAAAGGAAAUUCAUGUUUUGCACUAAAAACAUCUGAAGCAUACCAACAAGUCGGUUCAAAAACCACCUAUUUAUUCUCAAGCUCCUCUGAAUUGCAGUCCUGUCUGCUGCUAUUGUGUGUUUCUACUUAUUCUGUGUGGGUUUGUUGUAAUUAUUCACUGGUGCUUGUGUACACAUUGUGCUUGUUGUUCAGAUGAAUCUGCCUCCUUCCUCUCGUUGUUGAAGUACAGAGCAUGCAUUUAAAUCACAGCUCCAUCCGUCUCCAAAUCCCCUGUUCCUACUUUUACGUCACUUCUGAUGAAAAGUCCUGCUGCUCACUAUUGAAGACACUUCACUGUAUACUAGCACUGUAAUGAGUGAAGAUGGAGUGCAUUUGAGUACCUGUGCAAGAAUAGCUUGGAGCGUUGCCUGCUGCUUCUAGACGAACGCACUGAUUUAUGAAAAGUUUGCUGCAGUUUUACAGAUGAAGUCGUUUGUAGAAUAUCCUGUGCCUACUGUCUCUGUAAUGAAGGGUUAUGUUUAUAGCCUGAACAAUUCAAAUGAAAUACAAGACUGUGUAUGUAGUAGAAAAACAACACGGUAUACCUCAGAACAUGAUGUGUCAACCUUCUCUGGGGCUAUUUGCAUGCAAAUCUGCUCAUGUUGCCCCAGUGCACUGAUUUACUGUGAUUCACUGUGACAACCACAAGUAUAGUAAAUGUUUGCGGAUCCCUCUGGAGAUAGAAAUUAAAGGGAAGCAUAACUCAAGUGCUGUGUAAGUAAAUAGGGAAUAUUUUUGUUAACGAUGAAUGCAGGUUUUUGUGUGUUUCAAGUGGCAAACAUUCCCUACUUCAGCAGUAAAGAAUCUUAAAAGACUGUUGGGAAAGAUGUAAUACUUUAUGUGAUAAAAUCCUCAAUGAAAUUUUCUUUAAAGUCAGCCUAGCUCUGGAAGAUAAUUUUUUAUAAUUUAGAGAUGAUGCAGAGGCACCAAUAAUCAUUGAAUUUAUUCAUUUGAAUGACUUGCCAUUUAAUUAAUAAAUGUCUCCGU